CUGGCCCCCCGUGCCCAAGGACCCACUUCACCUGUAGCGACUUGUCCUGCGUACUGGACGUGUUCAAGUGUGAUGGACGAAACGACUGUCCUGAUGGGGAGGAUGAGGAAGAAUGCCCUUCAACGGGGUGUGCUCCGUUCAGUUUCGAGUGUGGUUCUCGUGGAAAGACGGAAUGUGUCUCCCUAUCCUUUUUCUGUGACUUUAACUUACAGUGUAGCAACCGUAGGGACGAACUUCACUGUGUCUACCCACCAUGUGAAGACAACGAGAUGAGGUGCGGUUCUGAACAGUGCGUGCUGAAGUCUCAGGUCUGUGACGGCAUUUACCAGUGUUCGGACGGUUCGGAUGAAUUUCGUUGUGAUUUCUGCCCAGAGGGUUUCCAGUGUUUUGACGGCUCGUGCCUGAAUAUUGAGCGAUACUGCGACGGCCAGAUAGACUGCAUGGGCUACAUCGGUGAAGACGAACCAUUCGACUGUGAUUACAAGAGCCCAACUUUCACCUGCCCGAUGAAAGGACAGAUCCGUUGCAAGAACGGGGUGUGUUCGAGCCCGAACAGCACGUGUAUCUACGAGCAGGACAACGAGGGCGUCAUGAUGGGGUGCCGGGAUCUUACCCAUCUCAGGCCAUGCUCGAAAGAGUUUGUGUGUCCGAUAAACCACCUGCAAUGCAACCUGGGAUACUGCAUCCCGCAGCACAUGAGGUGUGACGGGAAGAUGGACUGUUCCACUGGGGAGGACGAGGAGAACUGUGAGGGUUACGAGUGCCCUGGCGCCCACCGUUGCAACAGUUUCGGCAGCUGCACACCCAUGGAGAACCGCUGUGAUGGCAUCAGGCAGUGCCCAAAUGGAGACGAUGAGUUCAACUGCGGUAUCGAGUGCCCCAAAGGCUGCAAAUGCGAGGGACUGUCUUUCUUAUGUCCAAACAACAGGUUUGACGUAACCCUGGAUAAACUGACCAAACAACUUCGAAAACUUGAUGCAAGCAACGCUGUACUGUUGGAGAUCGAACGGGCGAUUAAGACGGACGUUAACGGAACGGCACUCCAGAACGAAACUCUGCUCGACCUGACAAACUUCAAGUUGAUGGGUGAACUUAUUUUGAGGAACGUAAGUUUGCACUACAUCGGCAACAGCACACUGGAAGCGCUAGCCAACCUGUAUUACCUCGAUCUUAGCGCCAAUGAGAUUACAACUAUCGAGGGACAACCUUUCAAGUACCUCCGAAGGCUGGAGUUUCUGGACCUCAGUGGAAAUAAGAUCUUCAGUGUGGACAACGGUGCCUUCAUGCUCGCACCGGAUCCAUCCGAUCCAACCGCAACUUCAAACCUGGUCAACUUACGUCUUCAAGAUAACCAAAUCACAGAAUUUGGUCCUGGAAUGUUUGACGGUCUGACGGAGCUCAGUGAGCUGCACACCGACAAAUACGUAUUCGUCUGCGUGGCUCUCACCCAGACCAAACAACUCGACACGUUCAGUCCUCAGCCCAACGAGCUCUCCUCCUGCGAGGACCUGAUCGCCCGCCAGGGCCUGCGCGUGGUCAUGUGGACCUUCGCAAGCUUCGCCAUCCUUGGCAACGGUUACGUCAUCAUUCGUCGGAUCAUCGCCGACCGAGAUCAGUCUCUCGGCAAGAGCCGAGUCCAAAACAUCCUCGUUCUGAAUCUCGGGAUCGCCGAUUUCAUGAUGGGGGUGUAUCAGAUGAUCAUAGCGUCUGUUGACGAGUUCUACCGCAACGUGUACAUCUGGAACGAUGAGAAGUGGCGCACAAGUUGGCUGUGCGAGCUUUCUGGCUUCAUCUUCGUGGUGUCGAGCGAGGUGUCGGUGUGUUCUCUCGUCCUCAUCACGGUUGACCGCUUCAUCUCCGUCGUGUUUCCGUUCAAGACGGAGUGGAAGAUCAACGCAAAGCAGGCUUCGCUCACGAUGGUCGCGAUUUGGGGAAUCGUGGCCUUUCUGGGGGUUUUCCCCCUCAUGGAGGUGCCGUAUUUCCAUGACGAGUUUUACGCUCGUUCCGGGGUGUGUCUCCCCUUACACAUCACCGCUGAGCGCCCUCCUGGGUUCGAGUACUCCGUGGCCAUCUUUAUGGUCUUCAACUUCAUCGCUUUCCUGCUGAUCAUGGUAAGCUACAUCGCCAUGUUCAUCUCCGUCCGCAGCGCCGGCAAGGCGUCCGGAGAGGCCGCGGGAAAGCAGAAGGCUGGCCAGACCCAGACCAUGACCACCCGGAUGACCAUGAUCGUGCUGACCGACUUCUUUUGUUGGUUCCCGGUCACUCUCAUGGGCAUCAUGGCGCUGACUGGGGUAGCCCUCCCCGGCGAGGUGUUCGCUUUCACCGCGGUCAUCAUCCUGCCGAUCAACUCGGCUCUCAACCCCGUUCUGUACACCGUGUUGGCUAUCAAGGCCAAGGGGAAGAAGAAGCCGCCCGGGCCGGUUCCUCCCGGUGGGAAGGGCGGUGUGGCCGGGAAGAAAGCCGGCGGCCCCGUAGGAGGGAAAAAGGCUGGCGGGCCUGUAGUUGGGAAGAAGGCCGGCGGCCCUGGCGCUGGUGGGAAGAAAGCAGGCGGUCCCGGAGGCAAGAAACCGGGCGCCGCUGGUGGAAAGAAGCCCGGUGGUCCGGGUGCUCCGGGAGGGAAGAAAAAGGCCGGCGGCCCUGGAGGCAAGAAAGUCGGUGGUCCUGGCGCCGCCGGAGGGAAGAAACCGGGCGCUGCGGGCGGAAAGAAGCCAGGUGGAGGAGGCAAGAAACCUGCUGGGGUCGUCGUUGGAAGGAAGAAGUAGGGGCUGGAGAAGGACGUUCUGCAAUCACCCAAUGUGGCAGACAUGCGUAACAUUUUAACCUUUUAAACAGAGAUGGGUCCAGUGGACUGCUGACACAUUCCAGUAGACAAAUUCCUGCUGACACAUUCCUGUAUGUGGAGAAAUUCACUCUAGCUGGUACAUUCCCGCAGAUGCUCAUACCUGCGGGCAUACUCUAUCAGACAGAAUAUAACGCAUCCCCGCGGACACAUUUCUUCGAUAUUCCUGCAGACACACCUUCCUACAAACACAUUCCUAGAAACGAAUUUCUGCGAGGACACUGCUGUGGACACAUUCCUAUGCUAUUCCCGUAGACACACAUUCCUGAGGACACAUUUCUAUGAUAUUUCUGCAGACACACAUCUCUGCUAAUUUCUGUGGGGACAUUCCUGUGGACACAUUACUAUGACAUUACUAUGAUAUUCCCGGAUACAAACCUACCUGCUAACACAUCCCUACAUAAAAAUUCCUACCGACACAUUCCCACAAACACAUUCCGGGAGCAUUCCUGCGGACACAGUCCCGUCGGUACACAUUCCUGACAACACAAACUCCUACGGGAGCACAUUCCUACGGACACAUUCCUGCACACAAUUUAAUACUAUUACCCGGCCCUUGAGCCGUCGCCAAAAACAAGUCUUUAUUCUUACAGGGCCCGCCACGUGUCUGUGUCCAGUCAGAUGAUUAGAAGCUAUUACAAUAUCAUAAACAAUUUUGUGCAUGGUUUAUCAAUAUCAUUGUAUUGUAAUCAAGAUUACUACUGUACUUUAACUACACUGACUGAAUGAAGACCUUUAUUGUACACAUAAACCCACUGGGUGAAGUACAGGUCGCAAAACAAUGAUCGUUGACAAAUACUUGGAAUAUUUACAAUGUCGACCAACACAACGAUCAUUUUGUAGGUAUACAUUUUUAGAUUAACACAAUAAGACAUAACUAUAAUUGAACAGUUAGCUUUGCCAACUGUAUUCGGAGUUUGAUUCCUCUGUAGUCCCAUUAUGCGUUUAAAUGAUUACAAAUUUGACAAGUUUAAUGAAUAAUAUUUGGUGAGGAAUGUCAAGACUGCAUGAUGAUGUACAACAAAUGUUUCAUUAAUUAAUAUUUGAUUAAUUAAUAUAAUUGAGCAUUCAAGGCAGUAAUUGCCCAUGCUUGUGGAUCUUUAUCUUUAUUCAAGCAGGCAAGAAAUUUAAAAAUCUGCGUUUCGUACGUUUUUGUCAGCAAAAGAAAUGAAGCGUUAUUACUCAGUAAGUCAAUGUAUUGUAAUCUAACAAUUGCAACAGAUAUAAUGUCAAUCAAGUCACUUUCUUUAUUUUACAAGGCCAUGUUGCUCUGCCAUAUGGAUGACAUCCGCGCGCAUCAAUUUUUGUCCGUUUCAGAAAAAUGUUUUCGACCAUUCCUUAAAUUGUGGAAAGCAGUUGUAGCAUGAGUGCAUAUAGGCUGUCAGUU